AUGUCAUCCACUCGACUUUCGCUUGGGGUGUCGUUCGCUAUGGCGCUUUUGGUUGCCAAUGUUUCUGGGCCGCAGUAUGUCUAUCCGGCGUUUGGCAGCUCGCUUGCUAGUCGGUUUGAGUGGACAGCUCUCCAAAAUAGUCUUGUCAGUACUGCCUCGUUUGUAGGCGUCUCUUUCUCGGGCCCUUUAAAUUCAUGGCUAAUUGAACUCUGGGGAAUUCCAAAUACAUUGAGGGCUGCAAGUCUAUUAGGCUUCUCCGGAUUCUUUUUACUCGCUCAAACCUAUGUAGGACGAUUGCCAGGACAUUUCGUACUCAGUGCGAUCUACUUGGCCAUGACCGGAAUCGCAGGCGCAGCUGGCUAUCUAUGCGCACUAGAUUCACAGUCGCACAACUUUAAGUCUCAUCGUGGUAUGAGUAUGGGAUUGACGAGUGCGUCGAUCGGCUUAUCUGGCCUCGUUUUCUCUCAAAUCAACGACCACUACUUCAAAUCCAGCAAUAGUGAUGGUCCAGACGAUGGCACCUACUAUUUCCUACUUUUUCUUUCAGUUGUCAUGGCAAGUGGUAUAAUGCUUGGAUCAUACUCUCUUGGUCCACUUCGAACCGACAAAGAAAUCAACGAUGAAUACGUACCUAUUGAGACAGAAGAACCUAUUACCGGAGCCAGUCUCCCAAACCUUGAAGAAGCUAGACCAUUAUUUUCUACAAAACAAAAAGAUAUUUCUGGCAUUGAUCUACUAUACCAUCCAGUAUCUCUUACUUUGUUUUUUGCCUUGUUUGUAAUCCUUGGCAUCGGCUAUGUUUAUCUGGCUUCUAUUGGACAGCUCCUGUCAUCCCUCACAACAUCUUCUUCCGAUCACGACUCCCAGCAUCUCCGCAACUUUCACAUUUCUAUAUUCAGUCUCGCCAAUUGUGCAUCCCGGGCCGUUUUCGGUACCCUGAGUGAUAUUGGCAAGACACGAUUCGGUAUUCACCGGCUUUGGAUCUUCUGGCUAGCUCUGAUUUGGCUUCUGUUUGGCGUGGUUUAUCUGGUUACGGUGGUUAAUACAGUAGGCGGUCUCACCGUAUGUACCGUGAUUGUUGCAAUUGUAUAUGGUAUUGGGUUUGGUGUUGCGCCGGCCGUAACAGCAGAAUUUGGAGCAAAGGUCUUUGCUCGUAACUGGGGAUGGUUGUUGUUUGCACCUGCAUUGGGAAGCCAACUGUUUAACGUGUUAUUUGGUGCUAUUUAUGACUAUCAAGCAAAACAGCAGCAUUCUCAUGUUUGCCAAGGCCCGAUCUGCUUUCAGGAUACAUUUAGAAUUGCCGCUAUCUGUACUGCAUUCUGUAUCUGCAUGCUUUCGUGGGCUAUCUAUCGCCAAGGUCUUUAUCGAUCACAGAAACCUGCUGUUUUGUAAUGUCUAUCUUUUCACGUACCAGAAUAGCCACGGUAUAAAUAGACGAGCUUUACAGACAGGCAAACAGAUCAACACACACACGCAGGCUUACAUUUACAUUUACAUUUACAUUUAUAUUUACAUUCACAUUCACAUAUACAUUUACAUUUAUACGCACACACACACACACGUAUAUAUAUAUACAGGCAAAUACAUAUAUCAUUUGAGGUUGCUGGUCAGACUUACUUAUACCUCCUUCAUUUAUUGACUAUUCAUUAUAUACGAUGAUUAAAUCGAUACAAUUAUAAUAAAUACAUGAAUUCAAACCUUU